AGCUUUUAAAUGCAUUUAGCUUUUUAUAGCCAAUUAAUUAAUUUAAUAUUAGAAAUUUUAAUCCGACGAAAUACACUAACUCAAGAAAAUUCCGCUCCCAAUUUAUCCUUUUUGUAAUUAUAUUACAGUAAAUUGUUUUCGUCAAUCGUCGAGUUAUACUAUUUUAUAUGGUUAUCGCUUUACGCUUAUUAAUAUUUCUUUUUCUUCUUUUUCUUUUCGUUACACCUUAUGCCUUUGUUUGUGUGCUAUGUUUUUUCAAACAUUAAGAAGGGCGCAGCCUUCAAAAUAUUGUUUGGCCUCCUCCUCAAGAAGAACAAGACCUUCCUACCGCUUGUCCUUUAUAUUUCCCUCCCCCAUCUCAGGUUGAGGCACAACUUCUAGCCAAAAAGGCUGAGCGCGAAGAGAGUGAAGACUGUUAUUCUGAAUACGAAGAAAUGGCUUUUUAUCAACAACAACAGCCGAAAAUGUCGAUCUGUUCUGAGGAAGUGUCUACCUUUACGGAAAGGAAAAGUGCUACUGAAUGUAUAGAAACGAUAACGGAAACAUUGGAGACUCAGAAACUAGUCGAAAAUGUUAUGAAAACACGACCCAGAUCACCACCACCCUUGGACACCGCAUCUAUACCUUGUCCUCAGUCUAUUGAAAAAAAUGUUACUUGUUGCCAUAAGAGAAAAGAUAGCUGUGAGUUGCGGCGACCCACCGAAUUUACACCAAACACUCUCGAAUGUCAAUUGCAAAGUCAAGUUCAAAAUCCAGUACCCCAAGGAUGGGAGUCACCAAUGUUGCAGGCUUUAAAAACUGCCCCAGAUCCCUUUUCGCAAAUUCCUAGUAAACGUUCUUCUAGCGCGUUAGCAUCAGCAUUAAAAAUUGCACCUGCGGAGCCUUUUACACCUGCUCCGUUUAAUUUAAUGGAUCCCAUACCUUUACCAGAAGAAACAGUUCCGUAUUUUCCCCCGGAACAUCCCAUAACUGUAGAACCUAAAGAACCUAAACCAAAACCUGAAAAGAAGGCAGACAGUCAAUUUGUAAAAGCACUUAUCAUUGCUCCUGAAAGACCAUUCACACCAGUUGGUGGUGUAGCUCCGAUUAAGAAAAAAGUGGAAGAUCCUUUAGACAAAUUUAUUAAAGAACUACCAAAACCUCAGGAGAAACUGUCAAUGAGAACUGCAUUAACUACAGCACCUGAAAGGCCAUAUACGCCUGUUUUUGCGGAGAAUGUGACUAUAGAAGAAUGUUCUAUGGAAAAAAGUAAAAAUGUUAAGAAGGAAACAAUAGACAGAUCUUUAUUGACCAAGCCUAUGAUGCCUGCGAAACUACCUGAGUCUUUCCAAGCACCACUACCUCAACCAAAACCUAUAAUUAGAGAAAUACCUCCAAUAUUGAUUCAUGAAUCAGAAGAGAAACAAACAAAGGAAGAGAAGGAUUCUAAACAUAUUCGUAUAAUAGAAAAACGUGAAUUAAGACCAGCAAUACCAUCAACAAUAACUAAAAACCGCCUUGAGGAAGAAGAACAUCAAGUUUGUCCCAAUUUUCCUCCAAUAUUUCAAGGAUUUAGUUGCUCUUUUCAAAACAAAACCGAUCAUUCGCAAUUUUCAGUCGAAGUUAUUACAACUCCCCCUGUUUUAACACCUACUCCAACUGAAAAAUCCCACUCCGCCAGCAGUUUGGCUAUAAGUGAAGGAAGAAGUGGCUACGUCCAAACAGAGAAGAUAACAGAAGAAACUAGCUCAAAACACCACUCGUCUCAAAGACAAGCUAAAGAAGUUACAACAGUAAAACCAGCCGAAAUAGUACGUCAGUCAGAACAAAUUAUACAGAAAAAACCUUUAGCACUGGCAUCGUCGCUACAUCCCAUUGGUGGAUUACCACAAUAUCAAGUGAACUUGUCUGCUGAAGCAGAAGCUGAAAUACUGCGAAUGGAAAAGUUGGAAAGGGCUCAAAAAAGACUUGAGCAACAAAAACUAACUCAAAUUACAAAAGAAGAACAACACAAGCCUGCUCCCCAAAAACCUGUGAGACAACCACCUCCUGCUGAUAAUAUAAGAAAACCCAUUAUUACAAUUCAACCAGGGGAGACGGAGCAAAUUCGUUCACAAAUAUUUCAACCUGUUGUUGAAGACAAGCCACAAAGUUAUUCAUUUUCACCAAGGCCAAGAUCGAUUACACCUAGUAGAAUAAAUAAGCCUCCUUCAAUUUUACCUUAUUACCAAGAAAAUUUAGUGGCUCACAUAUGUCCACCAGCAUCUGUCAAUUUAUUAGAUCCAACUAGCCCAGCAAUUUCGCGUUCACCCAGUCCAUGUCCGGGUGGAAGAGAAAGGAGUCCAUCCCCUUUUCCCGAUUCUGGUGCUUCUGCUGCAAGGCCAAAGUCCCCAGCUGCUGGUCCACCCCCUAAUCCGCUUCUCUCUGCGAAGCCCUUACCUACACCAAGGGACUCACAAGUGCGAAUCGCCAAAGAGAGCUUAACAACAUUCAUUCCUCAAUAUAAGGAAAAGAGAGAUUUAAUUGAACGGGUUCAGGGAAUGGAUUUUUAUAAACGAAGUGAAGAACUAACGAGCCAGAGUAUCCAAGAACAACAAUACCAACAAUCCCAAAGUGAACAAAUAAAGCAAUGUAUUCAAUCCCAACCUACUCAUAUGUACGAUUCUCGAAUAUCGCAACAAAGUCAAGUGCAACAAAAGCAAAUUACACAACCUACACAAAUGUAUAGUUCGCAAGUUCAAACUAGUAGUUAUACGGUACCUCAAACUCGUCAAUUUGAAACAUCUUUUAUGGCAUGUGAACAUAAGAGUGACGCAACUUCUUCCCAAUGUAGUAUGCAAAAACAAAAUAUGCAGAUCCAGGAUUCACAGAGGUCUCAGUCGCGUAUUUCCCAAAGUGCACAGGGCUCUGUUUCAACCUCUGUAUCUGAAAUAAAACACCAAGCACAUUUAGAGGACUUAAAGAAAAGCGAAUCAAAAAGUGUGGAAAUGUCGCGAGACGGACGCACUCAAAUUCAAAGAAAACAAACAGUGACUGAAGAAUACGAGCAUAGUCAAAAGGCACAAGUUAUUGAAAUUGAAAAAAAUGUAACGACUACUAAAAAACAUCCAUUUCGUGAUGUAAAUGCACCAGUUAUAGAACAACCUGGAGUGAUGGGUUUGCACGUGACGAAUCCUCAACCUUUGUCAUCACCGUUUAAAAAAGCUGAUAUGUCGGGCGCAUUCACCCAAGUGCCUCAACCGGAUCCCAAAAGUGUAUGCCCUCCGUGCACUAAAAAACAACCACCAAAACCCGAUUCUAGCCAGUGUCAAAAAUGUCCAAAUGUCUGUCCCUCCUGUCCCAAUUCCGCACCAACCCAAGCACCACCUCCACCCAUAAGACAAGUGUUUGCACCUGGCACCCAAGGUCCUAUAAAGCAUGUUAAAGCGCCUGGCUCUCAAAGUUCCAACCAAAAUGUGAUUAAACCCAGUACUCCCUCCUCCAAUGUAGGUACUGCCAGCGGUCGCCAAACAGGCGCUAUUGGAGCUCCAAGACGUGGUCGAGGUGUUUUGAAUGCGGCUGCUAUUGGCGGCUCCAGAAUACCUUUAUGUGGUCAAUGUCAUAGACAAAUCAGGGGUCCAUUUAUUACCGCUCUUGGAAAGAUUUGGUGCCCUGAACACUUCAUCUGCGCGACCCCAUCCUGCAGACGUCCAUUGCAGGACAUUGGUUUCGUAGAAGAAAGAGGUCAAUUGUACUGCGAGUACUGUUUCGAACAGUACUUGGCUCCACCAUGCUCCAAAUGUAACGGAAAAAUCAAAGGGGACUGCUUGAAAGCUAUUGGAAAGAAUUUCCAUCCAGAAUGCUUUAAUUGCGCUUACUGUGGAAAGCUGUUUGGCAACUCGCCAUUCUUUUUGGAAGACGGUAGCCCAUACUGUGAAGCUGAUUGGAACGAAUUGUUCACUACUAAAUGUUUUGCUUGCGGCUUCCCAGUUGAAGCUGGCGACCGUUGGGUAGAAGCUCUCAACAACAACUAUCAUAGCCAAUGUUUCAAUUGCACUAUGUGCAAAAAGAACUUGGAAGGACAGAGCUUCUUUGCCAAAGGAGGACGUCCAUUCUGCAAAAAUCACGCACGUUAAAAAUAAACGUUUUAUGCUUACGUAUGUUACCAAAUUUUGCUUUAAUCCACAUUUAUUUGUCACAGGAACAACAAAAGGUUUUUGUAAUGUUAAUCAUGAUUAUAAUUAAAUUUAAUUAAUUUAUUUUUAUGUUUUAAAUUAAAUUAGUAAUAUUUAUUCUUAUUUAUUAAGUAAAUAUAGCGAAUAUGCCAAAUAUCUAUAAUGUAAUAUACAAAAUCUGAUAAAAGGAUGUUUUGUAGGCCUAGUCUUCUCUUAAAUUGUUGUUUUAAAUUUUAAGAAUAUUGUAGAUAUGUUAUAUAAUUUUUAAUUUAAAUUUUCUGUAUUAUUUGUGCCAUUUUGAAUUAUUAGAUGGAUUGUUCGCUACCAUAUGUUUUAUGAAUAUUUAUUUUAAUUGUAUAUAA